AUGUUCGAUCUGGAAGAUGACGCGUCUAGGCGCGAGAAGUGCUACACGGCAGUGGCUCAACUGCCUUCCUUCAUCGAUUCCAAACAGCCGCCUCUGAAAAAACCACCCUUCUCGGCCAUUUGGGGACAUCCGUUUGUGCACACGGUGGAGGUUAUAUUACCUGAAGCAACCUACAAAACUAUUGAGAGCUCAUUCAAUACUAAGCUUUCCAAGCUGCGAUAUGCUAGAGUAUUCAUGUCACUGUCGUCUCUGCUUGAGGGGGACUUCUUCAAUACUUAUAUCAAAUCAGGAGAUGUUCUCAUGAUAUCAGAGGGACGUUCCGGCUCAGAUAACGUGUUUACUCUGAGAGAUGGAGUCCUGAAAUUAGAACUUGGAAAGGAGAUAUUUGAACGGACAGGCCUAACAGGGAAGCCCAUCCGUAGUGGGGGCAGAAAACAUGCAAAAGAAAGAUAUAUCGUGGAGAUCAACCUGCGGCUGCCGUCAAUGCUUCACGGUAAGAAAUGUUUUGAGAGAAUAGUAUGGGCAUUCAAGAAUGUCCUCAAUCACACCGUGGCCUGGCUCUUCUAUGACCUGGCAUCGGAGUCGAGUGGUAUUUCCUCCGACGAUCCUUCCCUGAAAGGAAACCACCCUCACAUCAUAGACUGCGAACCAGUGCGCGCCGAUUACUGUGAUGUCCUUGUUCCACCUUUCAAGGGAAUAGAAGCCACAGGAUUGGCGCCAGAGCAGGAAUUAAAGGAUAAUUGCGACGAAAUUUCCGAAUGGCUUGGGAUGGUGACUCUCGGGUCUCCUCGAGUAUUAGCGAGCGAUGAUGUAGACCCAUACCUAUGUCGCUAUAGCGUACCGGAUGCGGACGAAGCAAAGCUGUCAGAUAUAGUUAGUUUGAAAUGGCAUGGUCUCCUUCCUCCCAAAUGGAUCACGGGGCUAUUCCUUACUCUACUAAAAGAGACUGGCCCGAAAGAUGCAGAAGCCUCGGCCUGGUUUGCUUUCUCCGCGAGUGCCCUGGGGAGGGAAGCCGUGGAAGGAAAAGACGGCUAUACGGUUCUGACAUUGCCUUCUGUAGGCAGAACUGGUGAUAAUGUGCAAAAGAGCUCUAAUACUAGAUCUACAAUCGGUCGCUCAUGUGUUUGUUGGGAGUACGUCGGCGUGUCAAUUGUUUAG